AUGGCUCCGUCCGAACCUGCAGCCAGUGCCGGUGACCCCUUUGGAAACGCUAUCUCGGCCUGCAUAAGCGGGGGCGACCUCGAUAAGUGCCAAUCGCACUUUGCCGCUCUGAGCAAGCUCGCGGGUGACGAGGAGGAGAAGAAGAGCUUUGUCCAGAAGUCAUCUGAGUUCUGCUCGAAGGCUGGAUGGAAGCUGGUCGCGGUGCCUGCGUUGUAUGUUGGCAUGAAGUUCAUCAAGAUCAAGUGA